AUGAAUGUCUUGAAAAGACAUUCCCUCCCAAGCCUCUUUGACAACUCGUGCUCUAUCACCUACCAACAAGCACGACGGAAAGCACAGAAAGUGCUCUCUUCCACAUUCAGUAGCCCUGAUGAAGAAACAGAUUCUGCACAGACAGCAAGUAACAAACUACUGGGAAACUUCAAGCUGCAAUCAGUUUUGGGUCCUGAAGGGGAGCAGCUGCAGAGAAGCAGCUCGUUUCUUGGAUGGGAGGCGUUGAAGGACUUGUAUAGUUUAAAUGACUAUAAUGAAUACGUACCUGUGGCAGACGACUUCAAAGAACUUGUUCGCCAGGUAGAAGAAGCUGUUCAGAAGGACAGGGGAGGAACAGGAAUUGCAAACCCCAUGGGAUCAAACGCUUAUCUUUGGGCCAGGUAUCCCAGAAGAAAACGAGAAUCUCUGGGUUUGGCAGGAAUGUGUUGCAAAUGGGGCUGUACAAAAGCUGAGAUUAGUACUAUAUGCAGAGUUUAA